AUGACUGACGAAGUAGAGCACGAUGAACAAAAGAAGCCAGUGAAAGAAACCCCAGUGGUGUUCGACGAGGGGACUUUCGUGCACGAAACUGGGGACACUUACGAAGGCGCUUUCGAGGCGAGGAAGAAGGACAGAUUCCUGAAGAUGCACGUGGUGUUCGACGAGGGGACUUUCGUGCACGAAACUGGGGACUCCUACGAAGGCUCCUUCGUGAGCCAAAAGAAGCCAGUAAAAGAAACCCCAGUGGUGUUCGACGAGGGGGUCUUCGUGCACGAAACUGAGGACUUCUACGAAGGCGCCUUUGAGGCGAGGAAGAAGGACAGGUUCUUGAAGAUGAACGGUCACGGCGUCUACACCACGGCAGACGGCGUUGUAUACACCGGCCACUGGGAAGGCGACCGCCUCGUCGGCGAGGUUGUAACCAUAACUUACGCUGACGGCUCUAAAUACGAGGGACCAUUCAAAGACUGGGCCUACAACGGUAGAGGCAAAUAUACGUAUCCCGAUGGCACGGUGCUGAAUGCGGAAUUUGUUGAGAACUGUCCUGUGAAAGAUAUGGUGCUGACAGAUCCGAACGGCCAUGUGUGGUUGGGACGGGCGGACGUCGGGUUUGGACGGCUGGGUCCUUGGAAUCACUUCUAUCAGGCGUUAGAGAGGCCGAGUGAGAAAUCACAGAGUAUUAGCCAGGAUAGGGCUGUUCAACAUAAUUAG